AUUAUUUUUUGUUUAAUUAUAUUUUAUUAAUAUUAUACAAGACAUUCAGCAUGGAUAGCAAACGCAAGGUUAAUGGUAAUGGCACAGCAAAUGGCUACUCAAAAAAGUCCAGAAAUAACGAUGAUGACGAUGACAUGGGCGGCGGUUUCGAAGCGGAACUGGCCGCCUUUGAGCCCAGCGAUGAGGUGAUGUUGGACCAAUCACAGCUAUUGGGCGAGGGGCCCGAGAAUCAACAGACCAGCGAACGUUGGUCGCGGGCGCCGCCGCCACAACUCAAUCCACUGAGCGACAAUUUAAUAUUCCAGCAACUGGAUGUGGAGAACUAUACGGGCCAGCCACUACCUGGCAUGCCGGGCGCACAACUGGGCCCGGUGCCCGUCGUGCGAAUGUUUGGUGUCACCAUGGAGGGCAAUUCCGUCUGCUGUCAUGUGCAUGGUUACUGCUCCUAUUUCUAUAUAUCGGCUCCGAAGAACUUUGAGCAGCGUCACUGCGCCGCGCUGCACGAGGCGCUGGACAGGAAGGUCAUCGCUGACAUACGCGGUGGCAAUAAGGACAAAGUGCAGGAGGCCGUAUUGGCUGUGGAGCUGGUGCAGCGACUCAACAUCCAUGGCUACCAGGGUGAUGCGAAGCAGUCGUACAUUAAGAUAACUGUGACGCUGCCACGUUUUGUGGCCGCCGCAUCAAGACUACUCAAGAAUGAGGUCAUAAUGGGAGCGUUUGACUUUCAGGAUUGUCGCGCCUUCGAGAAUAACAUAGAUUUCGACAUCCGUUUCAUGGUCGAGACGAGUGUGGUGGGCUGCAAUUGGAUUGAGCUGCCGGCAGGCGCUUGGCGUCUGCGUGGACGCAAUUCGAAGCCGGCGCCCGAAUCCCGCUGUCAGCUGGAAGUGGAUGUGGCCUACGAUCAGUUCAUAUCGCAUGAGCCCGAAGGCGAGUGGUCCAAGGUGGCGCCACUGCGCAUCCUAAGCUUCGACAUCGAGUGCGCCGGCCGCCGUGGCAUCUUCCCCGAGGCCAAAAUGGAUCCGGUUAUACAGAUAGCGAAUAUGGUCAUAAGACAGGGCGAAUCGGAGCCAUUCAUCCGGAAUGUGUUCACGCUGAAGCAAUGCGCUCCUAUUAUUGGCAGCCAGGUGCUGUGCUACGAUCAAGAGACCCAGCUGCUGGACAAAUGGGCCGCGUUCGUACGUGAAGUGGAUCCCGAUAUACUCACCGGCUAUAAUAUCAACAAUUUCGAUAUACCCUAUUUGCUUAAUCGGGCUGCCCAUCUGAAGGUGAAUAACUUUGAGUAUCUGGGACGCAUCAGGAACAUCCGAUCCGUUAUUAAGGAGCAGGUGCUGCAGUCCAAGCAGAUGGGUCGGCGGGAGAAUCACUACGUCAACUUUGAGGGUAGAGUUCCGUUCGAUUUAUACCUUGUGCUGCUGCGCGAUUAUAAAUUGCGCUCGUACAGCCUGAAUGCGGUUAGCUAUCAUUUUCUGCAGGAGCAGAAGGAGGAUGUGCAUCACAGUAUCAUAACAGAUCUGCAGAAUGGCGAUGAGCAGACGCGUCGUCGCUUGGCCAUGUAUUGCCUCAAGGAUGCGUAUUUGCCGCUGCGAUUGCUGGGCAAACUGAUGGCCAUUGUUAACUACAUGGAAAUGGCGAGGGUAACGGGUGUGCCGCUGGAAUCACUGUUAACCCGGGGCCAGCAGAUCAAGGUGCUCAGUCAGCUGUUGCGCAAGGCGAAGACAAAGGGCUUCAUUAUGCCCUCGUACACAUCGAGUGGCUCUGACGAGCAGUACGAGGGCGCUACGGUCAUUGAACCGAAGCGCGGCUACUAUGCCGAUCCGAUCAGCACCCUCGAUUUUGCCUCACUGUAUCCCAGCAUAAUGAUGGCUCACAAUCUGUGCUACACCACACUGUUGCUGCCGGGCGCCAAGGACAAGAUGGGACUGCGCGAUGAUCAAGUCGAGCAGACACCGGCCAACAAUAGGUUUGUGAAGGCCGAAUUGCGACGAGGUCUGUUGCCCGAGAUUCUGGAAUCGUUGCUGGCGGCACGUAAGCGUGCCAAGAAUGAUUUGAAAGUGGAAACGGAUUCGUUCAAGCGGCAAGUGCUGGAUGGCAGACAGCUUGCACUGAAGAUAUCGGCCAAUUCGGUGUAUGGUUUUACGGGUGCACAAGUCGGCAAAUUGCCCUGCUUGGAGAUCUCGGGCAGUGUCACCGCGUAUGGUCGGGUCAUGAUUGAGCUGACCAAGAAUGAGGUGGAAUCGCAUUAUACACGGGCCAAUGGCUAUGAGAAUGAUGCAGUUGUCAUUUACGGUGAUACGGAUUCGGUUAUGGUCAAUUUUGGUGUAAAGACGCUGGAGAGGAGCAUGGAACUAGGCCGAGAGGCCGCCGAUUUGGUUAGCUCGAAAUUUGUGCGUCCGAUUAAGCUGGAAUUCGAAAAGGUCUACUAUCCGUAUCUGUUGAUCAAUAAGAAACGCUAUGCGGGGCUGUAUUUCACCAAGCCGGACAAGUACGACAAAAUGGAUUGCAAGGGCAUUGAGACAGUGCGUCGCGAUAAUUCGCCGCUGGUGGCCAAUCUAAUGAAUGCCUGCCUCCAAAAGUUGCUCAUCGAACGCAAUCCCGAUGGUGCCGUCGACUAUGCCAAACAAAUCAUCGCCGAUUUGCUGUGCAAUCGCAUUGAUAUCUCUCAGCUGGUCAUCACCAAAGAGCUGGCGAAAACGGAUUAUGCCGCCAAGCAGGCGCAUGUUGAGCUGGCUGCCAAGAUGAAGAAACGUGAUGCGGGCACAGCACCCAAAUUGGGGGAUCGAGUGCCGUAUGUCAUCUGUGCCGCAACGAAGAAUACGCCGGCCUACCAAAAGGCCGAGGAUCCGCUUUAUGUGCUGGAAAACAGUGUGCCCAUCGAUGCCAAUUACUAUCUGGAGCAGCAGCUGUCUAAGCCGCUGUUGCGCAUCUUUGAGCCCAUACUGGGCGACAAGGCGGAAUCGGUGCUGCUAAAGGGCGAGCAUACGCGCACCCGCACCGUCGUCACCUCCAAGGUGGGUGGCUUGGCUGGUUUCAUGACCAAGAAGGCGGCAUGUCUCGGCUGCAAAUCCCUGCUGCCCAAGGGCUACGAGCAGGCUGCGCUGUGUCCGCACUGUGAGCCCAAGAUGAGUGAAUUGUACCAAAAGGAGGUGGCCUCGAAGCGUGGCUUGGAGCAGACCUUUGCCCGGCUCUGGACCGAGUGUCAGCGCUGUCAGGGCUCUUUGCACGAGGAGGUCAUCUGUUGCAAUCGUGAUUGCCCCAUUUUCUAUAUGCGGCAAAAGGUGCGCAUCGAACUCGAUGCACAGGAGCAGCGGGUACGUCGCUUUGGACUGCCCGACUGGUAGACGACAUACAUUGAGAGUUGCAUACAUUAUAAACCUAUAAUUUAAUAAUUAUAUUACUAGAAGUUA